AAAAACCAAAAUGGUGCAACCUACAGUCUUUGAGAAAAUUGAAAAUGAUGAAUUCUUGAAAAACUUUUUGACGAAUGAAAAGUCGGAAAAUAUUAACAACAAUUUAUCAUUUCCUGAGCAAAUUAAGAAGCUCACAGAUGGUCUCGAUUUAAUAUCAGCUGAAUUAAAACAAAAGAUUCGAAGUGAUUAUCCGACAUUAAUCAAACAUUCCAGUAAUGCGUCAAAAUUAAUGGUUGCAUUAGAAUCACUUGAUUCUGAUCUUCUGGAGCUUCAAUCGAGUCUUGAUCAUCUUAAAAAGCAAAUCUAUGUUCCUUAUGAUCAGUUAGAGAGCCAAAUAAAAGUGUUGGAAAGACUGCACAACACGACACAAUUAUUGAGAAAAAUCAGUCGGUUUCUUCAACUUCAUCGAAAACUAAAAGAGAUGAAAGAGUUGAAUAAACAAGCGACGAUUAUUUUAGAGCUUGAUUCACUUGUUCAAGAUAAAGAUUUGUUAAAAAUUGAUAUUCUUAUUGAUGAACGUGCUUCAGCAAUAAAUAGCAAGCAACGAUUGCUUCACAUUGCUAACCGAGAUCUCUCUAAUGGAAUUCAAGAAAAUAAAGAAGAUGCAAUUAUCAGGAGCUUAGAAAUAUAUCGCAAUAUGAAUAUGCUGGAAACAUUUCUUAACAAUCAAAUCGAAAGUUACAUCAAUGAUAUAAGACAAGCCAUAAAACAAUGCUUUAAUGGAGCUGAUGUUGCAACACUUCAGAAAACGAGCAUUAAAGGAUCACCGACUUCAUUGAAAGGUAAUCCAAAAGUUCCUGGAAAAGUUCCAACUUUGACAACGUCAAUGAACUUUCGAAAUAAACUUUUAACUGCACUUGAAUGGCUUUUCACUGAUGAACUCUAUUCUUAUUGUGAACAAGCAAUGGCAAUUCAUCGCUGCUUGAAGAAAGUAACAAGUGGAUACAUUGCAGAUAAUCCAAGCAGAGAUUUUCUUCUCAAAUUUUCGAAAGCUUUAACUGAAUUGCUUAAAACUUCAUUUGAAGAAUCGCCGGUUCAUGUUCUGCAAAAUCUUCAGCAAAACUUGCCUAAAUUACUUUCUUACUUUAACAAUCUUCAAGAGAAAUUAAGUAAGGAAAUGGAGUUGAGUAAAAAUAUCUUUGGAUCGAUGACUUCUGGUUACAUUGAGAAAUGUGCUUCAAAUCUCAAAAUCUCAAAUGAAAAUAUAACUGAUGAGGUAGUUGACCAAAUGAUCCGCAAUGCUGCAUCGGAAUUGACAGUCAGUAUGAUUGAUGAAGAUUUACUUAACUCUGUCAUAAGCGUUUUCUGUGCUUGUAAUCAAGAUUUUUGGACUAAGGUCAAAGGCAAUUUAAGGCAUGGAACUGAUGCUGAACAAGUUUUGAGUAUUCCAAAUUCAGCUCAAAUCAUAAAUAUCAACUAUUCAAACUUGAUUUACCAUCAUCAGGUUGUUGUUGAGCAGAUGCUGAUGAAUCUUGAUCUUCAAAAGAAAAAUAAGCAAGCUUAUGAAAAGAUCAAGAGAAAUCUUGAUGAUGGAAGGAACAUUACUUUGUCAAUUCUUCAUCAUUUAACUUCACAAAUGAUGUCAACAAUCAGCAUAAUUUUUUUGAGUAUGAUUCGUGAACCAUCAAUUAACACUGAUAACAUCAACGUCGCUACAUCAUCGUUGUACAUGAGAGAACUUCAAGAUUUCCUCAAUCGUUCGUGGACAACACACAUGAGUCAAUUUAAUGACAAACCUGCCGUGAAUAGUUGUGCAAAAGAGUUGAGCAUUAAGAUUAUCGAUCGUUUUGUUCAAAAUAUUUCAAUUUUACGUCCAAUAUCAACAAAAGGAAGACAACGCAUCAAAUCGGACUGUUCGCAAUUGGAAAGUAUUAUUCAAGGAAUUGUUGGGGAUUUAUCAUUGUUGGGAAAUAGCUACAGAACAUUGAGGUCGAUGUCUACACUUAUUAUUGAGAGUGCAGAAAAUUUAGCUGCGACAGAAACAACACUUAUUCCUUCAUUCAUUAUACUUUUUAUGUUAUUUGGUCAUGCCGCUGAUGAUUUAAUGUCGCCACAUAAAGCUGCUGAAGUAUUGAUGAAUAAGCGACGAAGAACUUCUUCAGACAUUGAAACUGAUGACUCUGAUGAUUCAGAGCAGUUUACUGUGACACCGACAGUGAGAAAACGCAAAAAAUUGGAUCCUAUGGAAUUGUGUCAACAAUUAUACGAUUCAAUAAGAAAUAUCAAAAAAGAAGAUGGAACAAUGUUAUGCGAUACAUUUAUACGAGCUCCGAAACGUCGACAGGAGCCAAGUUACUAUGAAAUUGUAACAAAUCCGAUUGAUUUACUCAGAGUCCAGCAGAAGUUGAAAACUGAUUCAUACGAGGAUCUAUCAGAGCUUUCAAGUGACAUUGAACUGCUAGUAAAUAACGCUAAAGCGUUCUAUAAACCUGAAAGUGAUGAGUAUGACGAUGCGUGUACGCUUUGGGAAGUUUUCAAUGCAAACAAAGCAAAAAUUCUUGAAAGUCUUACUGAAGAUCCUUCAUCAGCAUCGUUAUCGGCUGAGCUGAAGCCACGACAAACUCGAGGCAUUGGUAGGGCUCGAAAGUCCACUACAGUUGAUGAUGAUCAAACAUCUGAAAAUUCUUCAGAGAACAACGAAUUCGAUCCUUAUGAGGAACUUUUUGCAGCUGUAAUGACAGCAGUUGACCCACUUGAUGAUCGUUCUUUGCAUACAAUGUUUCAAUUACUUCCGUCAAAGAAACAUUACCCAGAAUAUUACGCAGUCAUUGAACAUCCAAUCGAUUUAAAAUUCAUCGCAAAUAAAAUCCAAACCAACGCUUAUACAAGUCUUAAUGAAAUGGAAAAAGAUUUAUUGCAAAUGGUUAAGAAUGCACAAAUUUUCAAUGAACCUGGAAGUCAAAUUUACAAAGAUGCAAAAACUUUGAAGAGAAUUUUUAUGCAAAGAAAACUUGAGAUCGAAAGUGGUAAAUAUAAGCGACCAUCUCGUGGUCGAGGACGUCCCAUCAUUCAUAGCGCAGCUUGUGCUGCUCUCAAAGAAGAACUUGAAACAUCUGAAGAAGAGUUGGACGAUCUCGAUGAUGAGACAACAAGUGGGCCAAUUUGGCAACUCUUCGACAAUCUUUACAAUCAAUCCAGUUCAGAUGGAUCUUUAGGAGGAACGCCAUUAGGCGAAUCGUUGUGGAAAUUGCCGAAUCGUCGAUUCCAUCCGGAAUAUUACACGCUCAUCAAGAAGCCAAUUUCAAUGUCGAUGGUUCAAAAAAAGUUGAGAAAGAAUGAAUAUGCAAAUGUCACAGAACUGUCAGCUGAUCUUUAUCAAAUGAUUGACAAUGCGAAGAAGGCGAAUCCAACAUCUUCAAAGCUUUACAAAGAUGCAAGCAAAAUGCAAAAGAUUUUGAAUCAGAAGCUCGUCGAUGAUGGCUUAGAAGAUGACGACACUGAAGACACUGACUCGUCGAAUGUUUAUCCAUCACCAGCUACAUCAACUGGUGGAGAAAAGAAGAAGAAAGGUCGUCCCCGCAUUCAUCCAUUGCCAUCUGUUUCGCCUGCUCCGAUAGUAACUCCGACAACUGUUACACCAGUUGGAGCUAAAUAUUAUCGAUUUCCAAACAAUCCGAUUCUUAAGAAGAAACUUAUGACGAUCCACAAAUACCUUCUUGACUAUACAAUUGACGAUCGACAACCAAUGGAACCUUUCUUGGAGAAACCUUCAAAGAAACUUUAUCCGGACUAUUAUCAAAUAAUUCAACAUCCAAUUGACAUGAACACAAUUGAAAAGAAUAUUGAGAAUGAUCGUUAUGGAACCGUUGAUGACAUUGUAGGCGAUUAUCGAUUGAUGUUCAGCAAUUGCCGGAAAUAUAACGAAGAAAAUUCGAUGAUUUAUGACGAUGCUAAUCGUUUGGAAAAAGUUUUGAACACAAAACUUAAGGAAUUGUCCGGUGUCACUGAUCGACGGCCUAAACUAUUGAAAGCUCAAGGGAAGAAGGCGCAUGCAAUUUUAGAUGGAAAAUUGAGACAACUGUUUGAGACAAUUCGUGAUUACAAAGAUCCGAAAUCUAAUCGACAAGUUGCUACAAUCUUCAUGAAACUUCCAAGUAAAAUGGAUUAUCCUGACUAUUAUGAAAUCAUUUCGAAGCCGAUUGAUUUGGAGAAAAUUGGUUUGAAGUUGAAAAGUCAACAAUACGAUACAGUCGAUGAGUUGUCAGCUGAUCUUAUGCUGAUGUUUGAGAAUGCUUGCAAAUACAAUGAGCCUGAUUCGCAAAUUUAUAAAGAUGCUUUGAUAUUGCAACAAGUUUGCAUCCAAACGAAGCAAGCAUUAAGAAUGGAAGACGAGAAUGUUCCUGAUGUUCCACAAGUGGUGGUUGAUCUGUUGAUGCAACUGUUCACGACAGUUUACAACUGCCAAGAUGAAGAAGGGCGCUGUUACUCAGAUUCAAUGGCUGAACUUCCAGAAUACGAUGAAAUUGAAGGCGUCAAACAGCGAGCAAUCUCACUCGAUCUCAUUAAACGAAGACUUGACAAAGGAAUUUACAAGCGACUUGAUGUUUUUCAAGAAGACAUUUUUGCAUGUUUCGAACGAGCUCGUCGACUAUCAAGAACUGAUUCGCAAGUUUUUGAAGAUUCAAUCGAAAUGCAAUCGUUUUUUAUCAAGAAACGUGACGAACUUUGUAAAAAUGGAGAAGUUUUAAGUUCACCGGCAUUAACAUUUACGGCCGUUCAUCUUAGCGCAGCAGUUGAAAACAUGAGACAAACAAAAAUAUUGCAAGAAGAAGAACCGGAACCGGAAGUUGAGACAAAUGUUGUUGCACCAGCACAAAGUGAAAGCAUGUCAAUUGACAAUGGAAAAGUUUUUACACCAGGCGACUUUGUUUAUUAUUCAUUGUCUGAUGAUACAACUCCUGGAAUUUUAUACAUUGAGAGACUCUUCACAAGUCCGGAAGGUGAAAAGCUUUGCUACGGAAAUAUUUAUUUACGUCCCUAUCAAACUUAUCAUUUAACAACAAGAAAGUUUCUUGAACAAGAAGUUUUUAAAAGCGAUCAACAUCAGACAGUUCCAUUAAAGGAACUUCAACAGAAAUGUUUCGUUAUGAGUGUGAAAGAUUAUUUCAAAUUAAAACCUGAAAGUUAUGCAGAUAAAGACGUUUAUGUGUGUGAGUUUCGUUAUAAUUCAAGAGCUCGCUCCUUUAAGAAGAUUAAAGCUUGGCCAUUCCAAACUGGAACCAAAGUUAUGUUACGUGAGAAUCCUUUGGAGCCAAAGAGAGUUCAGUCAGUUUUUAAAGAUCGUCCAGUUGAUCCUUUGAAGCUUGAACUUCCUGUUGACGAAGUUGAUCUCGCAUUGAUUGAAAAAGACAAACCGAAUGUCGUGGUGUCUGUGGAAGGAAGUGAUGAGUCGAAUACUUAUUACGAACAAUUCACAACAAUUUGUAGUGGGAUUGUGAAGACUGGUGACUACGUUUAUGUUGCUACUGAAUCUGGAAAGCAAGCAAUUGCACAAAUUAAUUCGAUUUGGGAAACAAAAGAUGGAAAAUCAUUUUUCCGUGGUCCUUGGCUGUUGACGCCUCAAGAGCUUCCACAAGCUUUGCUUCUCAACAGAUUACAAUAUCGACAAGAAGUUUUUCUUUCAACGGUGCAGGAAACAACGCCGACAGUUGGAAUCUUAGGAAGAUGUUGCGUUCUGGAGUAUGGCGAUUACACAACGCAAAGACCAACAGAAAUUCCAGAAGCUGACACUUAUCUAUGUGAGUCAAUCUAUGAUGAAUUCAAUAAGCAAAUCAAGAAGAUGCAGUCGCCUGGUGGACUGAAGAAAUUUACAUAUAGUCAAGCUGUGACACUUGAUGAGAUUUUCUACUUCCGUCGUCCGAUAAGUGUACAAAAAGUAUUGAAGAAUGAGGCAGUAGACGUCAAGUCUGGUGCGCUUUCAGAUGUUGAGCACUUGAAGCUGGAAGCACAUGGUGGUACCAACAGCAACGACGUUCUUGGAUUGACUGAAGAUUCAAUGGACACUGACAUAGGAUCAGCAGAUGGUUUUGGUGUCAAUACAUCAUCACCAAUUCCAACUCAAUUAGUGACACCGGUAUCGACCUCGAAACGGCCAGCAGCAUUCACUGGUGGAAAGAGUGGAAAGAAAGUCAUCACCGGUUACAUUUUAUAUUCAAGUGAAGUUCGUAAAGCAAAAGUUUUGGAGAAUCCCGAAUGCAAAUUUGGUGACAUUUCCCGAAUGAUUGGUGAUGAAUGGCGAGCAUUACCAACAGUUGAACGACGCCAAUGGGAAGAUAGAGCUUCAGCAAUCAAUGAGCAGAAUGCUUCGAAAUAUGCUGAAGACAUGGCGCUCAAUGGCAAUGCUGGGAAAGAUAGUCCUAACAUGAGCUCAUCAUCUCUCAUCUUAACGCCUAAUCAACUAUCACAACAACAUGAGUUUGUUCUCAAUCAAGUUUUCGAAUGUGGUUGGGAUAAGUGUGAUUAUCAGUUUGAAGAUCCAGGCGAUGCUUUGGAGCACGCAGUUGCUGAAGGUGUUGGUUGUGUUCAACGUUAUUUCAAUCAGUUGUCAGCGGGACAAAGUGAACCAAUCGUGUUUCACUGUUUAUGGCGAAAUUGUAUUCGUGCAAAACGUAAUCAACCACCAUUGCCGAAUAUUCAACGGCUGCAGAAUGUUAUCAGUUAUGUGUCAACUCCAGUUGAACCUUUGUUUGUGACUGUUCCACCACGACCUCAACGUGUUUUACAUUCGGAAGCUUACAUCAGAUACAUUGAAGGCUUACAAAACAACUCACCUCAUGUCGGUCAAUGGACAAAGACAAUGAAGGCGACGAGAGAAUCUCUAGGAACUGAUACAUCGCGAUUGCCAACGCAUUGGCUUGGUGAAAGGGGAAAAGGAAAACCAGAUGAAGUCGUCGACGCACUUUGGAAUCUUAGAAGUUAUAUGUGGCGUGAUGCUUUGUCUCUCAAUCGAAAUCAAUUUUAA